AUGACUUUAGACAAAAAGCUGGAACCUUUUCGAGGACGAUGCUUCUUUAAACAGUAUAUGCCCAAGAAACCUGCAAGAUAUGGUAUAAAGAUACAUUUGCUGUGGUUGAUUCUAGAACCCCCUAUCUUUCAACAUGGAAAUUUACUCAUGUUAGCAGAUGGGCCAUACAAGAAAGCCAACAGUUCUUGUGAAAUAGCAAAGCACAUCCAACCUUCAUUAGACAAUUCUGGAACAAACAUUACCACAGACAAUUGGUAUACCAGUUAUGAAUUGGCCAAUUUCUUACAGAAAAAUAAAAUUUCUAUUGUUGGAAAAAUACAUAAGGAUAAGAAGAUUAUCCCACCUAAAUUUACAUCGAAUAAAACUUGA